CUCACCGGCAUCGGGAGAAUCAGCUGAUCCAUCACAUGACAAACAAAGUCCGACUGGCAACAUGUCUGCGUCCCAGGGACCGUGGUUUUGGUUGGGGAAUGAAACCCUAAAAGUCCCCGCCGCGCUGUUUGCGCUAAACCGAAGGCGCUUGUGUGAAAGACUCCGAAACAACGAGGAUGUCCCGAAGGGAGCCUUCGUGGUCCUGCAAGGAGGAGAAGAGACCCAAAGAUACUGUACCGAUACUGGCGUCCUCUUCCGACAGGAGUCUUUUUUCCACUGGACGUUCGGCGUGACUGAGUCCGGCUGUUACGGAGCCAUUGAUGUGGACACGGGAAAAUCAAUACUCUUUGUGCCGAAGCUUCCAGAAAGCUAUGCCGUCUGGAUGGGGAAAAUUCACCCACCGGAGCAUUUCAAAGGAAAGUACGCGGUUGACGAAGUUCAGUACUCCUCUGACAUUGCCAGUGUUUUGAGUGCAAAGAAGCCAUCCAUGCUCCUUACUCUGCGCGGAGUUAAUACCGACAGCGGGAGUGUAUGCAGGGAAGCUUCGUUUGAAGGAAUUAGCCAAUUCACCGUCAACAACGUUCUCCUUCACCCCGAAAUUGUUGAAUGCCGCGUGUUUAAGACGGACAUGGAGCUGGAGGUGCUGAGAUACACAAACAGGAUUUCCAGCGAGGCUCACAAAGAGGUCAUGAAGGCAGCCAAAGUGAGCAUGAAGGAAUAUGAACUGGAAAGUGUUUUUCUGCACUAUUGCUACUCACGUGGAGGAAUGAGGCACACGUCCUACACAUGCAUCUGCGGCAGCGGUGACAACUCCUCUGUUCUUCAUUACGGGCACGCCGGGGCUCCCAACGACAAGACACUUCAAGACGGAGACAUGUGCCUGUUUGACAUGGGGGGCGAAUAUUACUGCUACAGCUCGGACAUCACCUGCUCCUUCCCGGCCAACGGCAAGUUCACCCCCGACCAGAGGGCCAUUUACGAAGCCGUGCUCAAGUCCUCGCGUGCCGUUAUGAAAGCCGUGAAACCUGGUGUCGCCUGGCCCGAUAUGCACCGCUUGGCCGACAGAGUCCACCUGGAAGAGCUCACUAAACUUGGCCUCCUCAAAGGCAACGUCGAUGACAUGCUGAAGGCCCACAUGGGCGCCGUGUUCAUGCCGCACGGCCUCGGACACUUCCUCGGGAUUGAUGUCCAUGAUGUUGGAGGAUACCCGGAGGGCGUGGAGCGCAUUGACCUGCCGGGGCUCAAAAGCCUCCGUACGGCCCGGACCCUGCAGGAGAGGAUGGUUCUCACCAUCGAGCCCGGCAUUUACUUCAUCGACCAUGUGCUGGAUCAGGCCUUGAAAGAUCCUGCCCAGUCCUGCUUCAUUAACAAUGAGGUCUUACAGCGCUUCCGAGGCUUCGGUGGGGUCCGCAUCGAGGACGACAUCGCGGUCACGUCGGGCGGCAUGGAGUUACUCACCUGCGUACCUCGCACCGUCGAGGAGAUCGAGGCUCACAUGGCGGGGGGCUCCGAGGGCGUCUGCAAGGCGUUCGACCGCGUGGUCCUCAGCGAGCCGCUCUAAACGGCGCAAAAGCUUCGCGGGGGAGCCAGCAAAAACCUCUCUGUGCCUUCGAUGUGAUUAUCGCUCCUAAUGAAAAACACGGGAAUCGCUUCUCCAAGACAAACACUCCGAUCUCAAACACCGCGCUGGCGUUUUAUUGUCUUUGUUUAAAAGAACUGAACCGUCAAUAAAAUAAAACAGAAACUCCAGUGUGUGUUAAAUGGAUACAAGAUGUUGCGUUAAACGAUCCAGAGCGCUGUUGGCAAUAAUCUCACGCUGUUGGUUUACAUUUAUAUCACAAGCUCAAUUAGCAAAUAAAUGCAUUUAAACAAUACAA